CCAGGGAAUCUUUACCACCAAUGCAUACAAGGUUUUGAUGCAACACAAGAGAAGAAAUGGACAAAGAUGAAGUACCACUCCCUGAAGUAGAAGAGAGAGGACAAACUCUCCUUUGGAAUUACUAAUUAGUCAUCUUCAUUAAAGUCACAAUCUUUUGGGCCUAGGGUUUGUUGAGUUGGGAGCCUCCUCUAAUGGCAGCUACAGCUAAGGUGAAGGGGUUCUUCAAGGGAUUCAAGUACAUUGCUCAAAUAUUUGUUUAUAAAGAUCAUGAGUUAGAGAUUGGUUAUCCAACAGAUGUGAGACAUGUGGCACAUAUUGGAUGGGAUAACUCCUCAAUGAAUGCCCCCAGUUGGAUGAAUGAGUUUAGGACUGCUUCAGAUUUUUCCUCAAGCUCCCUCAGCAACUUUGAGCAAUCAAGGGAAACAUCUUGGGCCUCUCAAGAUUUCGAUCAACCAAGAGGAUUUCAGUCUCCUGCGAUAUCUAUAGAUUACCCUCGUCCAGAGAUACCAAAAGUGCCAAAGAAAUCAAAGCGUAAAAGGAGUAAAAACACAACUCCUCUGCAAUCCACAUCAUCAAGAUCAAUGAAGUCAUAUACAACAGCAAUCGAAGAUCCUGAAGAAGUUUGAGUGAAUAUCGAGUGAUCUAAUGAAUUGUUCAUACUUGCAUGCAUUUCUUGAGUUCCAUAUAAGUUACUGAAAGUGAAGGAACAUAUUUAGUAAUUGUGAAUUUAUGUGCUAUGUUAGAUGUUAUCUUGCCGUUAUAUUUUUAUAGUUGUGCUGAAAUUUAUA